AACGUGAGUCGUUUUCAGCUGUGUGAUUUGCCGCUGAUAUAUAGAAAAAAUACUAAAUUUUAAAAUAUCUAUAUAUUGCUUGAACUUUUAUAAAGAAAAAGUUUUAAAAAGGUGAAAGUGCGAAUUUAAAUUUUAAAGAACUCUAGAAACUUAAAAACAAACGUAAAUAUGGCGGAUAAAAAUUCCGAACAAAGUAUUAUGGAUAAGUCCAUGAGAUCCGUUUUCGUGGGCAAUAUUCCAUAUGAAGCAACAGAGGAGAAACUUAAGGAGAUUUUUAGUGAAGUGGGACCGGUCCUCUCUCUCAAGCUAGUAUUUGAUCGUGAAAGUGGAAAGCCUAAAGGUUUUGGGUUUUGUGAAUACAAAGAUCAAGAAACGGCACUUAGCGCAAUGCGUAAUCUAAAUGGUUAUGAAAUCGGUGGUCGUACACUACGUGUAGACAACGCUUGUACUGAAAAGUCUCGUAUGGAAAUGCAACAGCUGCUGCAAGGUCCACAAAUUGAGAAUCCCUAUGGCGAACAUUGUGAUCCAGAUCAGGCACCAGAAAUUAUCACAAAGACAGUGGCAUCUUUGCCACCAGAGCAAAUGUAUGAGUUGAUGAAGCAUAUGAAGCUUUGUAUACAAAACAAUCCUUCAGAAUCCCGUCAAAUGUUGAUGUUAAAUCCACAACUUGCAUAUGCUUUGUUGCAAUCAAUGGUUGUAAUGCGCAUCGUUGACCCACAAGCAGCAUUGGGGAUGCUGUUCAAAGCAAAUCAAAUGCCCCCUGUACUUGGUGGAAAUCCGUUGUCUGGGAGUGUACAAUCGCAAAGUAUAUCAUCAAAUAUUUUGCAACAAUCACAGCCACAACCAACACAGCCGCCGCCAAUAGUUGGAGGACCCCCAAUGCCCGUACCCGGUCCGAAUUUCAAUGUAAUGCAAGGUGGUGAUAUUGAUUUACGCGCUAUGAGUGGUUCUGGUUUAGGUGGACCCAGCAACAUGGAUCCAAGGCAAAUGGAUCCGCGCAUGGCACGAAAUAUUGAUCAAGAUAUGCGCGCUAUACCGAAUCCCGUACCGCCACCACACAUGGAUCCACGUGCACAGCGGCAGAUGCCACCACAACAGGUCAAUCCACAACCGUCUUUCCCAACGGAUCCUCGACAGCGACAAAUCGACCCUCGACUUCGUGGAAACGCAGGUGGCCCACCGGGCAUACCAGGUCCCACUAUGUCACAACAACAACAAACAGCUCAGCAGCAGCUCCAAAAUCGUUUAGCUUCGAAUUGUGGCAUACCAAACGAUGCAACGGAUCAGGAAAAAGCCGCUCUUAUUAUGCAAGUGUUACAACUAUCUGAUGAGCAGAUUUCGCAAUUACCACCGGAGCAACGCGCCAGUAUUUUGGUACUCAAGGAGCAGAUCGCAAAGAGCACACAGCGUUAAUUUCCAAUAUAUUCACUAUAUAAAUGAAAAACUGGAUUACAUAUGACUUAACUAUUUCCAAUUUAAUAAUAGGUACCAAUGUAAUGUAUACUUGGUUUUUUCAGACACAAUAAAAAAUUUAACAUUCGUUUAUAAAAAUAA